UCCCCCAUUGUUGUUUUAGAUAGCGACGAUUCAGUCAUUGGCGGGGAUAGUCCUUUGCCGCUUGGGGAGAGACUGAGGCUCAAGUUCCUAAAAUGAAAAGCAGGAUGAAAAAAGCAAGAGAAAGUCAUCAUGACUAAAGCUGUGAACCCAUAAACCUCCGGAGAUGCGCCCGCGUAUAAAAACGUCAUCUCCUCCGAGGAACCCGUCUUCUGUCAGCAUCUCUGGAUGCGAUUCCCUCAACAUGGACCUCGAUGUCGCAACCGGCCAUAUCCUCCAAGACUGGGAGGUCAGGGAGCAACUCCAAUCCUCUUCCCCGGAGUCGUCGUCUCCCUCCGGAGACUCUGUUUGCUCCUCGCCGGAGAUGUUCUUCUCGCGCGGACACCAGGAGAUCGCCUACGACUUUUCCAGACGGGGGUCCGGCUCCAAGGCGCCUAGGACGCUGGGCAAGGCCAAGAUGUCCACAAAGAGGCGCGUUAAAGCCAGCGAGAGGGAGAAGAUGAGGAUGAGGAUCCUCGCCGAGGCUCUGCACCAGCUCCGGGACUACCUGCCGCCGGACUACACCAAGAGGGGCCAGCCUCUGACCAAAAUACAAACCCUCAAGUACACCAUCGAGUACAUCAACAAGCUCUCGGACAUUCUGAACCAUGCGUAACUGUGACCGUUUACGCACCCACGCGCGUAAAUGUCAAUUUUUGGUGGACUUUGUGGGCUCUUUUGUUUUUUUCAAUAAGUGUGCUUGGAUUUAUUACGUAUGUUUCUAUUUGCCCUUCCUUGAUGUAAAUAUUGUUUCAAGGGCGCUUAUUGUUUUCAU